GGCUAUGGCUGAGUAACUGGGGCUGGGGCAGAGAACGAGGCGCGCAAUGGUCAGAAGGGGCCGCAGCCCGGCCUGCGCCACGGCUUCCGGCCGGCGCCACACGUGAGACUCAGCCACUUGGCACGUGUCUGUCUCAGGCUGUGGGGACGCUACCCGCCCCCUGCCGCGGUUGGGAUGGGGUGGGCGGAGCUUCGCCUCUCACACCACCCCCGGGAGGAGCGCGCCGCCCGCGCGCCAGAGCAAAGCCCCGCCCUGUGAAGCCCCGUCCCCAGUCCGUGUUCCGGAGACCCCGACGGACCGCGCGUAAGCCCCCUCCCCGAAGAAGGGAGUCGUGCUGGCCUCCUAGAUGGCGGCCGUGGCAACGGCGUCCGGGCAGCAGCAGAGUGACUGUUCUUUCAGUACUCCAGAUUCCGGUCAACACUUUCAAUUUCAGAACUGGAUGAUUAAAGCUGAUCAAGAUAAGAAAGCUGAAUUCAUAAGAACAGCAGAAAAACUAAAAUAUCAACUUGUGAAUAUAGAAAAAGACAAAAAUGGCUAUCUCUACAGCAAGAAGAGUGAUUUCAGAGUGGAAUACAGCACACUGGAAGAACUGGAACAUAAAAUGACUAACAACAGGAAAGCUGAAAAAGCUAAAAUCCAGCAACAACUAGCAAAAAUACACAAUAAUGUUAAGAGACUUCAACGACAAUUGAAAGAUGUGAAGCCUACACCAGAAUUUGUUGAAAAGCUCAGGGAAAUGAUGGAAGAAGCUGAAAAUGCAAUAAAUGGUUUUAAAGAAGAACAGCGACUAAUAUAUGAAGAGCUUAUGAAGGCGGAGAAGACUGCUACUAAUGAGCUCAGUGCCUUACAGAAAAAAAUUGACACAUGGGCACUGGGUAGUUCAGCCAUAGAAAGAGUUUUCAAGUUGCCAUCAGGUAAGAUUCCAGUAGACAAAACACUGCAAAAUCAUCUACCUGAAGAAGUAAUAGAAUUUGAAAGGUUCCUUCAGCAAACAGGAGGACGACAAGGAGGCUGGGAUGAUUAUGAUCAUCAACACUUUUUGAAAGUAUGGACAAAACAUAAAGGAAAGCCAUCCUAUAUAGAAGAAGCCCUUGAGUAUCUCUCUAGAAGAACAAAAGAGGAUAUUCAACAGCAUGAGACAUGGUAUCAAGAAUUUCUGAUUUUAGAGGAAAGAAAAAAAGAGUCUAUUGAGAAGUGGAAAAUGAAGAAGCAACAAGAAAAACAAGAAAUCUUAAAGCAAAAGCAGAAGUCAGAGGAAAUGCGCAAGACAGAAAAUCUUCAACACGAAGCAGCUCAGAAGCAAAAAGCAGAGGAGGAAAGGAAAAAGCAACAAGCAGCAGUUGAAGAAUGGAAAAGACAUAAAGAAAUAGAAUUUGCAAUGAAACAAGCAUCUCGGCAGAAAGAGGAAGAAGAGAGAGAGAAAAAGCAGCAGAAGGAACGCCAGCGCCAGUUCCAACUGAAGCUACUGUUAGAAAAGUACGCUCAGCAGAAGGAGGAACAUGAGGCGCUCCAAAGACUUGAAAAGGAGAAGAGGGAGGAGGCUGAAAGGGAAGAGAGGAAGAGAAUCGCUGCAGAAGAAAUUUCUAAGUUUCAAGAGCGAGAUCUUCAUAAACUUGAGCUAAAGAUUCUAGAAAAGCAGGCAAAAGAAGAGGAAAAAACAGAAAAAGAAAAAAGACUGGCAAAGUUAAGAGAGAAGGGCUAUCCCAACCUGGAGACAAGGGUUAUAGCUGAACAUCUGCAUAUACAGGAAGAUGAAUUGCAUAUAAAUAAAGUGACCAACUGGGUCCUUAGAAAUUUUCAUAACUUUUUUUAUGUUAUGAAAAAUAUUGUGUAUUAUUACAUGGGUUUCAAGUUCUGACCAUUUAAUUUUUUGUCAUGUUAGCAGUGUAUUCAUUAUGGUAUGUAUUUGAUAACUGGCAUAUCAUCCACAAUUACAUAAAUUUGAAAAUGAAAUAACAAUAUAAAAAGGUGACUGUAGAUAAUGUCAUGGAACAACAAUUAUAUCAAAAUUGCCAUUCUUACACAUUAUUCUAAACCCUAGACCAUAUAUAAUAUAGUCACUUGAGGAAACAAUGGAAGAAAUAGUAUUUUUAACGAACAAAAAUGCUGGGUCUCAGUUCCUUCAUGUUUUCUCCUACAUAUGCUCUGUCCGUAAUUAGCAACUUUUAAAAGAUUGUUGUUUUUUUUUAUAUUUGAACAAAUAAGAUGUCUCAAUUGGAUGGAGUGAUAAUAGAAUGACUAAUCUAUGCAAACUUUUGUACUAGUGUUAAUAUGACAUGGAUAAAGAAUACCACAAUGCUAUUUUGCAAAAUAUAUAUUUAUUUUGCUUA